UAAUUUUCUAAUCGAAAAACGAAAUGUGAUCUGAAUGGAACGGUAGCAAAGGGCGUUCGCCUGCGAAUUGCCACGAAGUUACCAUUAAUUUUUUGAUAAGAAAAUUUCAAUUUUUUGCAUUAAUUUCAAUUGCUAAAGAGCCGGUUUAACUGUGAUAAUAUUUGUUAAAAAAAAAAAAAGAUACAAAAAAAUCGACGAUGGACACGUCAUCGUCGGCGGUAAAGUCAAAAUUCUUAACGAAUCUCGAGAAGCAGGAGCAUUUAAUCAAAUUGGCCAUUCUUUUGACUGCUGCUGUUCUCUCAUUUGCAACGAGAUUAUUCUCUGUUCUGCGAUUCGAAAGCGUUAUUCAUGAGUUUGAUCCGUAUUUUAAUUACCGCACCACGCGGUUCCUUGCCGAACAGGGAUUCUAUAAUUUUCACAAUUGGUUCGAUGAUCGAGCGUGGUAUCCCCUGGGGCGUAUUAUUGGCGGUACCAUCUAUCCCGGACUGAUGGUUACCUCAGCUGCUCUUUACAGAAUGAUGUGGCUCUUGAAUAUCACUGUGGACAUUCGGAAUGUUUGCGUGUUUUUGGCACCAUUUUUCUCCUCGCUAACGACGAUUGUCACUUAUCUAUUGACAAAGGAAAUUCAUAGCACUGGAGCUGGUUUGGUAGCUGCAGCAAUGAUCUCAAUAGUUCCUGGCUACAUAUCUCGCUCCGUGGCUGGUUCCUAUGACAAUGAAGGCAUUGCCAUCUUUUGCAUGCUCCUCACAUACUAUCUCUGGAUCAAGGCGGUCAAGUCUGGUGCUAUUUUCUGGUCGGCAAUGACGGCGUUGGCUUACUUCUAUAUGGUGUCUUCGUGGGGUGGUUAUGUGUUCCUCAUAAAUUUGAUUCCUCUGCAUGUUUUGGCGUUAAUGAUUACUGGACGAUUCUCUCACCGGAUCUAUGUUGCCUACAGCACUUUGUAUUGCGUUGGAACGAUUCUAUCGAUGCAGAUUUCAUUUGUUGGAUUUCAACCUAUUCAGAGUUCGGAGCAUAUGCUGGCCCUUGGUGUAUUUGGACUUUGUCAGAUUCAUGCCUUUGUUGAUUACAUUCGAUCACGGAUGUCACGAGAACACUUUGAAGUUCUAUUUAAGGCUUUGAUAUCUUCAGUGUUGACAAUUGUUCUUGUUGUUGGAACAUUACUCACAGUGACUGGAAAGGUAUCGCCAUGGACUGGGCGUUUCUAUUCACUGUUGGAUCCAUCGUAUGCCAAGAAUCAUAUUCCUAUUAUUGCAUCGGUGUCGGAACAUCAACCGACUUCAUGGUCGUCGUUUUAUUUCGAUUUGCAGAUUCUUGUAUUCCUGUUCCCAGCCGGAUUGUAUUUUUGUUUCUCCAAGUUGACCGAUUCAAAUAUAUUUAUCAUUCUCUAUGGCGUAACAAGUAUUUAUUUUGCUGGUGUAAUGGUUCGAUUGAUGUUAGUUUUGGCUCCAGUGAUGUGUGUUCUCUCCGGAAUUGCCAUAUCUCAUCUCCUAACCAAAUACAUCAAAUGUGUUGACUCAGGAGCCAGUAAACCAGUGGAACACAGCAAACGUCAUCACAAAAAACUAGAACAGCAAACAGCUGUUAAGAAGGAAGUUGCAAUUGGUUUUGUGGCCAUCAUUACAAUGAUGCUGAUCACCUAUACAUUCCAUUGCACAUGGGUAACAUCAGAAGCAUACAGUUCACCAAGCAUUGUCUUGUCGGCUAGAUCUCAUGAUGGUGGCCGUAUUAUAUUUGAUGAUUUUAGAGAAGCAUAUUACUGGCUCCAAAUGAAUACACCAGAGGAUGCUCGUAUAAUGUCUUGGUGGGAUUAUGGCUAUCAAAUAACAGCGAUGGCUAAUCGAACUAUUCUCGUGGACAACAACACGUGGAACAACACUCACAUCUCUCGAGUUGGUCAGGCGAUGGCUUCAUCAGAGGAGAAGGCAUAUGAAAUCAUGCGCGAGCUGGAUGUAGACUAUGUGUUGGUGAUAUUUGGAGGACUAACAGGCUACUCUUCCGAUGAUAUAAAUAAGUUCCUUUGGAUGGUCCGUAUUGGUGGCAGUACUGAUCGAGGUGCACACAUCAAAGAGAAAGAUUACUAUGCAGCAAAUGGAGAGUUCCGAGUUGACAAGGAAGGCUCACCCACCUUGCUGAAUUGUCUGAUGUACAAAAUGUGCUACUAUCGAUUUGGUCAAGUCUAUACCGAGGGUGGAAAACCUGCUGGUUAUGACCGAGUACGUGCCGCCGAAAUUGGCAAUAAAGACUUUGAGUUGGAUGUCUUGGAAGAGGCGUACACAACAGAACAUUGGCUUGUAAGGAUCUACAAAGUAAAGGACUUACGAAACCGUGGAGUUUAAUUUUAUUAACCCAUCCUAGUCGUCCGCCCUAACCGAGCCGUCUCUACUCUCAAUCACCAGCUCACAACAUAUACUUCACACCACACACAAAAGCAUUAUUUUAGUUAACAUUUUUUUUUAUGUAUUUAAUCUACAACUCUUAUUAUAAUAUAGUAUUCAUAAAGAUUUUUUUUUAUAACUGAUGAACAAAGAAAAAGUCUCGACAUUUUUACAACUUA